CACCCCCCUCGCUCUGCUGCAAAAACUCUGCACCAAAAAAGAACAAGAAUUUCUGAGACUAUCAUAAUUAUUUAUCCCAAAACUAAAACAAUGGCUCUUCAUUUAUUAUCACCCUCUCUCAUUCAUCACAUUUACAACAUUGCCACUGCCUUCAUCUUUAUUACUUCUAUCUAUAUCUCCAUCACUGUUGGGGAAUGCAGCUCUCUUAUAAUGGUGGAUUCUGAAGUUUGAUUUAGCAUUGUGAAAAAGGGCAGACCUUUGGAUUAAGAUGACGGAUGGCCGGCGGCACUCGGUUGACAUUCCCAUCUCAAGGGCUCUUAUUGCUCUUAGGAGAGUGAGGUCUUUGCGGGACCCGUCGACAAAUUCUAUGAGCAAGUUCUCUACUUUACUAGAAAAUGUGAAUUGGGAAACUAAUUCCACUAAUGAGAUUUCUCUGCAGUUUAUGGGUGGCUGUCAACCAGAAGAUUCUGAUCAUAAUGGUCUUAAGAGGGAUGAAGAAGUUGAUGAUUUUGAUCCCCAAUGUGAUUUGGAAAAAACAAAGCAUGAGUUCAAUUUGGGCAGAGUAGAAAAUGAUGAUGAUCAUUGGAAAAAGUCCAUGAGUGAAAGAUAUUACACCAAUCAUAGGGACAAAGGAUUGGAAUUAACAUGUAUCACACCUUCAAGUAAAUAUUUAGAAGAUGAGGAUUUGAAUAAUGAAGUGAUAGAAAGAUCACCAAAAGCAGAAUGCUUUUACCAGUCUAGGCCAAGAAGGAAAUCCCAAUGCAAGACUCAGGCUAAAUCAUCUUGUAUGGUGGGUGAUAUUUUAAGUCGUGUAGGUAGUCCAUGUUUAUCUGCAAGUGAUGCUUUUUCAAGCCAUAGUGUGUCACUCCUUGCAAAUGAAGAGACUGAUUUCAUGGUCCAAAGUGACCGGGGCUGUGGCAUAAGCCGAUGCUGGACGAGAACCCCUCGAUUUCGUGAAACGAAUUCGUAUGCUGAUGGAGAAGGUCGCCCCUUGUUGUUCAAGGAUUCAGCUGAGGUAACAUCUCAUGGGCAGAGGAACUGGAAGCUUAGUACUAAUGAAAGUCCUAAGAGUUUCAGUCAGAAGUUCCGGCCAAAAUCUUUCGAGGAAUUGGUUGGACAAGAUGUGGUCGCAAAGUCUCUUUUGAGUGCCAUUUCGAUAGGGAGGAUAUCCUCCUUAUAUCUCUUUCACGGCCCCCGUGGCACAGGUAAAACCUCGGCCUCGACAAUCUUUGCUGCUGCGUUAAAUUGUCUCUCACUUGAGGAGUAUAAACCGUGUGGUCUUUGUCGAGAAUGUGUUAUGUUCUUUUCUGGAAGGAGCAGAGAUGUGAAAGAAGUGGAUUCGGUCAGAAUUAAUCGAGCAGAUAGGAUUAGAUCCCUUGUUAAGAAUGCAGCAAUUCCGCCAGUUUCAUCACGGUUCAAGAUUUUCAUUGUUGAUGAGUGUCACUUGUUGCACGAAGAGACGUGGGCAACUGUUCUUAACAGUCUAGAGACUCUUUCCUAUCAUGUGGUCUUUGUGAUGAUCACACCUGAUUUGGAUAAGUUGCCAAGAAGUGCAGUAACUCGGUCACAAAGAUAUCAUUUUCCAAAGAUAAAAAAUGCUGAUAUAGCAACCAGAUUAGGAAAUAUAUGUAGUGAGGAGGGAAUUGAAUUUGAUCAGGCUGCUAUAGACUUCAUUUCUGCUAAAUCAAAUGGUUCACUUCGAGACGCAGAAAUUAUGCUCGAUCAAUUGAGUUUAAUUGGUAAAAAGAUUACAAUGUCCUUGGCUUAUGAGCUUAUAGGAGUUGUUUCUGAUGAUGAAUUGCUUGAUUUGCUUGAUCUGGCAUUGUCAUCUGACACUUCAAAUACAGUUAUAAAGGCUAGGGAGUUGAUGAGAUCCAGGAUUGAUCCUAUGCAGCUUGUGUCACAGUUGGCAAAUCUCAUAAUGGACAUACUUGCUGGUAAAUGCCAAGAAGACGGUUCCGAAGUUAGAAGAAAAUUUUCAAGCAGGCAUGGCACUGAGGUGGACAUGCAGAGGCUGAGUCAUGCAUUGAAAAUACUUUCUGAAACUGAGAAGCAACUUAGAAUGUGCAAAAGCCAAAGCACGUGGCUUACUGUUGCUCUUCUACAGUUGAGCUCUCUUGAAUCUCCUGGUUUGGAUGCCAAUGAUCUAAAGCCUUUGAGAAAUGUGCAUGACAAAGAUGGUGAAUUUUGCAGUCCAUCUUCAACAGGGGAGAGCUUAAAACUUGCUCUUCCUUGUUCAUGUAAAGACUGUAAGUCACAUAAACUGGGGAAGCAAGGGGAUUAUGAAGCCACACUGGAAUCUAUAUGGAGCAAUGCUACAAAAUUAUGCCAAUCAACUUCGCUCAGGAAGUUUCUAAGGAAACAAGGGAAGCUGUCUUCUCUUCGUGUAAAUCAAGAUAUGGCUGUGGCUGAAUUGGAAUUCCACCAUCCCGACUAUGUUUCCAAGGCUGAGAAAUCUUGGAAGAUUAUAGCUAGUUUGCUGCAGUAUGUGUUGGGGCGAAAUGUAGAAAUUAGAAUUAAUCUUGUACUUAGUACUCCUGUCUCGAAGUGUAAGAAACUGCGGAAGCUAUCUUUUAGCUUGUUUAGUUGUUCUCGCAGAGUGCCACAAAAGUCACAAUUACCAGCGGAGUGUGGAAAUGACUCGGACUAUUCUUAUCACAUCUCUGAAAAGUGUAUGACGAGGGACAGCAAUGUUAUUUUAACUUGUUCUUCUCCUAGUAAAUCCCAAGUGCCGCCUAACUACUUUUCCAGCGUAGAUGCGGUAAGGGCUUUGAGGAAUAGUGAAGGGAAUGUAUUGAGCACAAGAAAAACUUCAUCCCACGGGUCACUGCAAGAUGAUACGUCUAAAAUCUCAGGAUAUGGAAACGAUUCAUCAAAAGAAGAUCGAAGCAGCCUUGAAUGCGAAACAUUCUCUAGUCGGGAGACUGAAGACCAGCCAAACUGUUUUUCUAGAACCCUCAGACUCCAAAAGAGGCUACCUUCGUCAAACCAUUCUCGAGUAAUAUGUAUGGGUAACCAAGAAGUAAACAAGCUUGCACUUCCUUUUCCUGAGAAAUCCAUUGAACCAUGCGAUGACGCCAAUGAUUCUUAUGUCUUCAGUAGCAACAAGGACACCAACAACUCCAGAAGUGAAGAUGGGUCGACAGAGAACUCGCCUUCUCUUUGUUGGAGGACACCAACAUUUCCACAGAGCAAGACUUGGCAGUUGACAUGCCGCAGACGGAGGUUACCCUUGGUUAAGUGGACUCUUCCUUGUGCCUCUGCAAAAUAGCUCUGCGCAGGCAGCAAGGGGAUAUCAGUAAUUUGCUGUCUAGUUGUCUGCAUGGAAAUAACAAAGAUACUUUUUUUUUGUAUGUAAAUGCAUAUGUUGCAGAACUUUGUUCACAUUGAAUGGUCCAUUUGAGUCCUUAAAGAAUACAAUAUAGUAGUUCAUGAGUAUAA